AUUUAAACUUAAAUGAACAAAUACAAUCAGAAUAUUACAUUUAAUUAAUGAUAUAAUUCUAUAAUUUACGAACUACAGAUGUCAUCCGAGGUAUUUUUUGAUAGAGAUGGCCGAGGAAUUCCGAAUGAAUAAUAUGUUCCAGUCAAAAAAAUAGCCUAGAGUACCAGUCUAUGCGAUAGUGACGUCAUUGACUUUGAUCAGAGCGGCUGAUUGAUAGAGACUAUAAUGGCUGCGCCCAAGUUCAACGUGAUACUGGGUUCAGAAACUGGAUUUUUGAAAGGAAUUAACACUUCAAAAGACAUUUGGAGGAAUUUCAAUGCAAUAGAAGUCCCACAAAAAUCCAACGAAAUAAUUUCUCUAAACUGGAUUGCAGGAUCUGAGUCGAAAUUAAGCGUUGGUUCAAGAGACAAACGAGUUGCAAUUUUUGACAUCGACAAUUUCUACUUUAGCGAAUAUGAACUUUUCAAUAGUGGUGACGGCGACUUGAAAUCCGCGAUGAAAAUAGACAAAAAGACAUUUGUUGGUUUGGAAACAGGUUCAUUAUCUGUAUGGAGUGACGGUGAAAUAGUACAAAGCAUCGAGACGGGUAUGAAUUUGUCAUGCAUGGCAUUGAAUGGUAAUGGAAACAAUAUAUUAGGGACAGGUGGUAAAGAGUCAGAGCUGAAACUUUGGGACCUUAAUAAUGAUUUAAACCAGCCACGUUUUGAGGCGAAAAAUGUACGCAAUGACUGGCUUAACUUGCGAGUGCCAGUGUGGGUUACUGGAAUUGAAUAUUUGGACAGCAGUAAAGUUAUUACUUGCACAGGACAUCACCAAGUGCGUGUGUAUGAUCCUUCAGUUCAGAGAAGGCCCGUUCUGGACAUGACUUGGGAUGAGUACCCACUCACAGCCAUGUCUCUCUACCAUGACAACCAAGUCAUAGUUGGAAACACACAGGGAAAUAUGGCUCUCCUAGACCUCAGAAAGGGAAAAUUAAUACAUCAGUUUAAAGGUUUUGCGGGUUCUAUUAGGUCAUUGAAGUGCAACAGUUCACAAUCAGUGGUUGCAUCUUGUGGUUUGGAUAGGUUUUUAAGGCUGCAUGAUGUAAACACAAAGCAGUUGCUGUAUAAGAAAUAUAUGAAAUCAAGAUUGAACUGUUUGCUAAUGACGAAACAGAACUGGAAAGAUUUUGGUGAUGAAGAAGUGCAGGAUGGUGUACCAGUUGACGCUGAUAGCAGCAAACAGGCUGACAACGAUGAUGACAUCUGGGAUCACAUGGAAGUGGUGAAAACCAGAACUGUUAAAAGACAUUUAAAAGACGAAGGAGAAAACUUCAAGCAAAAUAAAUACAAGAAAUCAACAAAGAAAAUGUAAAUUGAGUUCAUUGAGUGAAGUAACUGACAAAAGUUUUAGUUAAUCGAUUAAAGCUACACUCUCACAGACUCACCGUUUGAUAACUUGUUUAUUUUUGUCUUGGAAUGUGUGUUUUUCAUAUUUAACAGUUAAGAAAAAUAAAAUUUUCGGCAAUUUCCAAACAUUUGAGAGCUAUUCUAUUGCAAGUUAUAUAACAUGACUGAAUUAAAGUUAUUGAUGCCAAAAUAAGCAGAUUCUGCGACAAUGUUUUAAAAAAAAAAGAGUCAAUUUGUUAGAGUGCAACUUUAAAAGAAAUGAAGGAGUAAACAAAAUCUGAUAUUUAUCAAGUUAGCCUAACAAACUAUGUAGCAAGAGGAAGACUGUACUGUACAGAAUCUAAACUAUGUGGCAACACAAAAGAUACUGCACAGAAUUUUAACUUUGUAGCACCAUUUAAGAUACAGUACAGAAUGUAAACUUUUGGCAAAACUAAGGCCACAAUUCAUAAAUAGGUUGUUUGAUU